CGCAUGCAGUUUCGAUCAUAUCAUUAGCGUUGUUUUAAGAGUUCACAUACUGGCUCGCGAUAUUUGCGUGGUCUCAAACCUGUGAAAUUCGUAAUGGACUGGGAUCUGGAGAAUUAUGUACAGGGGAUUUUCAUCACAGUAAUUGUCUGUAUCGUAUCGAGUGUGCUUUGUUACGUGUUCAGAAAAACAUUGUUUGCUUCAUAUGUUUCUGCUACUCAAGAUUCAGAGAAUUUAGUCCGAAAAAAGAAGAAAGGUGAAUUAAAAAAGUCUAAGAAGACUAAGAAGGUGAAAAUCUUAGUAGAUGGUCAACAAGGUGGUGAAGUUGAUACAGAUAGAACCCAAACAUCUGAUGAUACAACUGCUGAAGAGGAUGAACAUCUUUCAGACUUACCAUCUGACAGCCGUGCAUCUAGCAGUAGUGAAGAGUCAGUUGAAAGACCUACCCAAGCAUUACAUACAACCGAAAACUGCUUACAAACGAAAACUGAACGUGAUGAUGCUUCAUAUCAGAUUGGUCAGUCUUGCCUCAAAAGCUCUAAUUCAGGUUCCCUAAAUACUGAGACAAACAGGAGUCAGCAUGACGAUUCUGACUCAAUUAAUUCUUCAUGUACUGAAAACAACAUAACAGCUACUGUGUCUCCGUCAGUAGCAAAAGAACCGCAACCUAUGGUUAGAUCAAAGAAAUCAAAGCGUCGUGCAACGAAACGGUCAACAGGAUCUGGUGAAUUGCCGAAAGAAGCGUCAUCUAUUGAUUCAGUUAGUAGUGAGCAGCCAGUGAAGCCGCAUGAAGAGGCAAUCAAACUUGAAUGCGCAGUAAGUAAGAAGCAUGAAUCACAACGCGAUUUUUGUGCUACUUCUGAAUUACAUGCGAAAAUUGAGCAGUUACAAGAACAGUUAAAGGCCAGCGAAAACAAGUUAUCAGAAACUUCACGAUGGGCAAAUUCCUUAGCCGAGGAGAAUAAACGUUUCCGUUCAAAGGAAGAAGAGACUUCUCUUGGUUUACAAGUGCUGCAAGUGCAAUAUACCGAACUUUUAAGGGCGAACAAAACUCUGGAGCAUCAAAAUAACCUACUGGAUAGAAAAUUAAAAAAUAUUGAAAGUGAAAACUGUGAUCUACUCAAACGUUUGGACCAAACGAAUGCGGAUGCUCGAAAAGUAAAGGCUGAUGCCGAAUUAGAGUUAUGUAAAAUGAGAGAGCAGUUAACGGAAAAUGAAGCUCAGUUAACUGCAAUGGCAGCAGCUAUGUCUGUAUCUCAACCAUCCAUACCCACUACUCCUUUACCAGAACUUGUUCGUACACAAGAGUUGGCACAAGCCAUGUCCAAUGAUAAUUGCUUAUUGAAAUCACGCAUUGAACAACUUGAUUCUGAAUUGAGCCAACUACGCCAAUCAAACAUGAGGCAGCAGCAAGAUCUACAGGUUUUCCGUGCGGAGAAUCACAAAUUACAUGCGGAAAAAGAAGCAGCCCUAGAAGAAUUACGAUCGAAACGACAGACAGAGCAAGCUGAGAAUGAAGCUGCACGUAUGGAAUUGAAUCUUCGCUGCCGCGAAUUAGAGUUAGAAAAACAAAAAAAUCAGGAAUUAUCGAUGUCAUUGUCUGAAGUGAGAGCUGAGCUAUCUCGAAGUUUACAACAAGAAAAACGUCAAACGGAAAUUAUCGGAAGCCUUGAAUAUCAAUUUGCUGAAUUGAAUGCUCAAAAACAACGUCUCCUAGAAAGUGCUAAUCAGUCUAAAAUGGUUAAUGAAGCAGCCACUAGUGAAUUAAGAGCACAAGUCGCCAAUCUUUCUAAUGAUUUAAUGCAUGUUACAAGUGAAUUGAACACUGCUGAACAAAAAGUUCACGAAUUAACCUGUCAGUUGGAAACAGUUAAAAAGUCAUUAAAUGAUAAUAAAGAAUUGAAUGGUGAAUCAAUCAUAGUAAAUAUUAAAUCAGAAGAAGUAUGCGUAAGCAAAGAAGAAAAUGACAAGACAGAAGUAUAUGAAAAUCUUCGUAAUCGUUUAUCUGAAGUUGAAAGUAACUUAGAAACUGCUGAAAAAGAACGAGUAAAAAUUUACAAUCUUUAUCAAACUGCUCUUAGUGAAAUUGAUUACCUCAAGUCUAAAUUAUUGGAAACUGAAGAGGUUUUGGCUAAAUUAGAAGGGGCUGCUGAAGAAGAAGAAAGCAAAUGGCGUCAGUUGUUAGCUGAAAGUGAAGAAGAACAAAAUCGACUUCGGAAACAAUUAUCAGAUUCUCAGGCAAUAUUGGAAAAUACUUCUGGAGAACUCAAUAAAGUCGAGGUUAAACCCACAGCAAGUACGCAUAAUAAAGAAAAGAAAAAGAAGAAAUCUAAGGCACAUAAAUCAGUUGAACCGCCGUCAAACAUACUCCCACAAUCGAAUAAUGAGAAGAUCGCAGUUAACAUUCAACCUACUGAGGUGAAUGUUGUAUAAGUAUUAGAGUGACAAUUUAUUAUUGAUAGACAUACUUACAUACAACGAACUACUUUAGAGCAUUUCAACUCCAUGAGUACUUAUACACUUAUACAUAAAUAUAUACAUAUAUGUCACCGUGGUUUUUACAUGCAUACAUACACCUUUAAAGAGGUUGUGUAAUUCUUCCUUUGUUUCAAUUUCUCUUCUGUAUGACUCUUUUAUUUAUUUCAUUUCAAAUAUGUGUGUCCGCCACUAUUCGCCUAUACAUAUAUAAAUAUCAGGCCAGUACAUUUUGUUUUUUCAAUUUUUAUGGUGAAUAAAAUCAUUAGAUCAAAA